CAGUGCGCAGGGAGCGGGUGACCAGGAAGCAGAACCGCGCCGGGCUGCCGCGGGGCGGGCGCAGCCCACCGGAGCCUGCUGCCCCACGCCGGCCCCCGGGGGGUGGGAGGCCAGUCCUGCCCGCCCCCCCCCCCCGGCUUGAGGGGGUCGGGGCGGCUGCGAAGCCGAGCGGGAGGCGGCCGGGCGGGUGUUAAGCCGCUUAGGGCCGGGGUUGGCAUGAGCCUCCCCGGCCGGGCGGCUGCGGGCUGCGCGCUGCGGCGGGGAGGCUGAGGGCGCGGAGCCGCCGGGGGCUGGCGGCCCGUCCCUGAGGAGGAGGAGGAGGAGGCGGAGGGAGAGCCCCGCGCCCCGGGAGGAAGAUGGGGAAUUGCCUCAAGUCCCCCACCUCGGAUGACAUCUCGCUGCUCCACGAAUCCCAGUCGGACAGAGCCAGCUACGGGGACGGGGCUGAGCCGGAUCAGGAGCCGCCGCCGCCAUAUCAGGAGCAGGUUCCUGUUCCUGUGUAUCACCCCACCCCUAGCCAGACCAGGCUAGCCACGCAGCUGACAGAAGAGGAGCAGAUCAGAAUAGCCCAGAGGAUAGGCCUUAUUCAGCAUCUACCUAAAGGAGUCUAUGACCCUGGAAGAGACGGCUCCGAGAAGAAGAUCAGAGAAUGUGUCAUUUGUAUGAUGGACUUUGUUUAUGGGGACCCUAUCCGAUUUCUGCCGUGCAUGCACAUUUACCACCUGGACUGUAUAGAUGACUGGUUGAUGAGAUCCUUUACCUGUCCAUCCUGCAUGGAGCCAGUGGAUGCAGCACUGCUUUCAUCAUAUGAGACUAACUGAGCCAGGGUUUCUCCACCAAACCUUCAAGGAGACCAUCCACUUUAAUGGGUUUGAUCCUUUUGUCAUUCAGCCCAAAGAGCCAGGAAUUAGGAAUUAAGAUCAUGCACAAAGUAUAUGUUUCCUAAUAAAUAAAUAAAUAAAAUAUUCCUGAAUGGCUGCAAAUAUUGGAAAAAACAUAGUAUUUUAGAGACUAUAGAAAAGUAGGUUGUUAUUUUUAAUGUAAAGCCUUGACCCACCAUUGUCUUUUAAUGUUUGUUCUUACACCCUUAUAUAGGAAUUGUGUAAAGUGUUACAGCAACUGUAAAUGUUUAAACUACGUGUAUCCAAUUUUAUUAGCAGCAAGGUAAGAGUAUUUUUUUCCUAAAUAAAGUAACCAGUUUUGUUCUGAUUCUUUUCACAAGUCCUGGCAUUUGGGUCAAGGCUUUAUUGAAAUCUACAUUUUAUAACACUGGCACAAAAGAAAUAGUUUUAAGCUUGUUUGCACAGUUAUUUUUAUUUUUAUUUUCUUCCUUUUUUUUUCUUCCAUUGGAGAUGGAAUUCAUUGCCUUAGGUCUUUUUAAUAGUGUAUUGUUAUUGUUGGGCUGGCUCUAUGCUUGAAAACCAGUUUAUUUAUAACCUGUUAAAAGUGCUAUAUUUUGUUUGCAGUUAGGAAUAUGCAGACUUCAAAGUGAUCUCCUAGCCUGUAAGCAAACUGAGAUGCAUUAUCCCUUUUCUACACCUGAUACAGACUAUGAAGCUAUGAAACAAGUCCUGAAAUUAUGGUUUCAUGGCUUUUUAUAACUUGCUUCAGUUUGGAUGAAACAAUAGCCCUUAAACUUUCAGAUGUCACCUUUAACUUGAUCAGCUUAAAAAGUGGGCCAGAAGGACAAUAAGUAGUUAAGCUACCAUGACUGAAAAAAAUAAAUAAAUUUGGAACUAAUGUAGUGUUAGCAUUAAUCACUUAUUCUACUUUUUUCUCCCUAAAAAUGGUUGUCUUGGCUCAUAGCAAAUGGAUACUGCAUCUCUUCUUCAUGUAGUUCUUAGGUUAUCAGAAGUUAAGAAUAAACAUACUGUAUCUCAGUCUCCUGUAUGAAAUGUAUCUGUUAAGCCCUGCUGGCUGACACAUCAGCCCACCAAGCAGAUAGGAAAAAAAAAAUACCUUUUGUUCUGCAUGUAAAUGCAAACUUGCUAUGAACACAGACUGUCCUAUGAGCAGCUGAGGGGGGAACCAGUAGUGCUAUAGCCAGGAGGACACAAUUAGCUCAUUUCUGUAGCAAACAGGAUGUGCUUCUUAAGAUGUGGUCUAGCCAAGAUUGUAGCUGUUAAGACCUUUUAUCCACUUAGCACGUUUUGGUUUUUUCUCUUUCUUUUCCUUAAUGUCCCCUAACUUGUGACUUUUAUACACUCAACACAACACUCAUACAUCUUGCAAAAGGAGAUGCAAUCUCAAGUCAACCACACCAAAUCAGGGAACAUUCUUGAUUGCUUUUCAUAUGUACUUCCAGUACUUGAUCCUAGUUGUUUAAAGACUCAAGUACUUUGAAGAUGUAGUGUAUUUACAGCAUAGAAGAAUGGUGCAUGGUAUGGAUAAUUUUUUUGAAGGAUUGGUCAGCCAAAUGUAGAAUGGACAUGUUGAUUUAUUUCUUAUUCCUGCAGUUGACAGCAGCCUACUCUCUUAGAGAAGAACUCCCAAGUAGCAGUCAGAUGGACCUGGAAGCAGUCUGCAGCUCUAGAUACACUCAAAUUGCUAAGCAUGUAUCUGGGCACCAUUUUUUUUGCUGAAUUCAUACAUACCUAUUUACAUGGAUCAAAAUCUAGGAAGAGAGACCUGAAGUUGUGCAAUAUCAUUGUUCCUUUUCAUCAUUCCAUGUGUGUUCCUUCUUUUUGUCUGUUUUGGGGUAUUGUUUUUUGGGUGGGUUGUUUGGUUGGGUUUUUGUUGUUUGUUUUGUUUUUUUUUUUUGGCAAAACAGUGUCCACAUUAAGUAUUAAUUUCUUUUAUCUUGUUAAAACUGGCAAAUGAACAGUUUGAAAAAAGAGCGUUGUCAUGUUGGUGUUAGUCUUUAUUUAUUACACGACUUGAUGAAGAGAGAUUUGAAAGAAAGAUGAAGUGACCAAUUACUGAGCUGAAUGCUUUUCUAGGCACUUUGUAUAGUUGAACUUUUAACACUGAUAUACUCACCGGGCUAAGGGAAAAAGUUACUUUUAUUAAAAUACUUGUUAAAUAGCAAAAUGGUUUGAAGGGCUAAAACUAGAGUUGAUUACAGAGAAACAUUCCAAAAAGUUCAGAUUUUAGCUUAAAGACAACUGUGUAAAUAUAACAAAUAAAUCAAAUGCUUUUUCAAGUUUUUAGGUGCAA